AUGGCGCCUCUGCUCCAACACCUCCAGGGCCAGGGAAGGCAGCAGAGUCACAGACCUGGGCCUCAAGGCUUUCUGCUCAUGGUGUCCUGGGCAGGCCAGCUGACUCUCAUGCAACCUGAACUCAACCUGGGGUCCUUUCUGCAAUGUCCCCUACAAGUGGUCCCCCCCUCCCACUUUGGGUCCUGGGGAGGGGAAACCCAGACAGACUGCCCUGAGCAGCCCCCAAAUGUUUUGUUACUUUACUUUUUCUCACAUCAAGCGGGGACUCUGCAACUUUCAUCCGUCCAGGCGCUGAAUCCAAUUGAUACUCCAUAUUCUAACUUUAAAAAUAACAUCAUGAAGAGACAGACCACUGAAAUGCCUAUUGCCAGUAGCCCAAUUACCACGAGAGGGCAGCAAGUCUCCACUGGAAAUUGUGCUGCUCACCUUUUUGGGGAGGACCAUUCUCUUGAUGAUGAGACAGAUGAUUUUGGAUCAGAGCUGGAGAGAACACAAGAGGAAGUAACGAUGAUUCUUGCUGAUCCACUGAUGGAUCCUCUGAGAGCUAGCUCCAUUCAAAAGGCAUUAAAUGCCUACUAUGAGCAAAGCAUGGUGUUAGAGGCUCAGGAUUUGCUCCUGCUCUCUACCCUUUCCCCCUCUCCCUUCCCUGAGCUCACGCUCCCUGCGUCUGCGCCCCUUUUUUAUCCCCAUGAGGAAAGUUCGCAGAACCAGAGUGGGGUGCGGGAUGUGCUCCUGGCUGACUCCUUCUUUGCAGGAUGCAGGGAUGGAAGUCCAGGAGAGGCUUCGGGGCCUCCUCGGCCCGGGGACAGGAAGCGCCUCCUGCCGCGGCCGCAGCGGAAGAUGCAUCUCACGGGUCUACGUGAUGACUACUAUCUAAACAUCCUAGACUGGAAUUCUGAAGGUCUUCUUGCUCUUGCCCUUGGUUCUGCUGUACACAUCUGGAAUGGUGAAAGCCAUGAUGGAAUGGGAAGCAUAGACUUGAGCCCCUAUUGCAACUACAUCUCCUCAAUUUCCUGGAUAAAGGAGGGAGGUUACCUGGCCAUUGGCACCAGUGAGGGAGAAGUACAAUUAUGGGAUGUCAUGACUAAAAAAAGGCUGAGAAAUAUGGUUGGUCAUAUUUCAGUAGUUGGGGCUUUGAGCUGGAAUCACUGUGUCCUCAGCAGUGGUUCAAGAUUGGGCCGUAUUCAUCAUUAUGAUGUUCGAGUAGCUCAGCACCACAUCGGAACACUUGGCCAUAAGCGAGCUAUAUGUGCCCUGAAGUGGUCACCAAGUGGUAAGCUGCUUUCCAGUGGUUGUACUGAUGGGCUAUUGAAUAUAUGGCCCUAUGAUCCUGGUGUGGGCAAAUCCUGUCAACCACUAAAAGUCCUCCAUCAUUCUACGUCAGUUAAGGCCAUGAACUGGUGUCCUUGGCAGUCUGAAAUCCUUGCUGUUGGGGGAGGAAUGAAAGAUGGACACUUACAUGUCUGGGAUAUAAACAGAGAGAACAGUAUCCAAAGUCCAUGUACAAAAUCACAGAUUUGUUCUCUGAUCUGGUUACCUAAGACAAAAGAGAUUGCCACUGGCCAUGGUACUCCUAGAAAUGAAGUGACUCUCUGGAGCUGCCCUGUUUUGACUCAGUCUGGUAGAUUUUUUGACCACAGAGGCAGAGUAUUGCACCUGGCCCUGAGUCCAGAUCAGAGCAAGAUUUUUUCGGUAGCAGCUGAUGGAACAGCCUGUAUGUGGAAAUGCUGUUAAUCCGGUCAAAGGAGACAGGGAUUGAUGGAGUCUCUACCUUUGGGGCUCUGUUAUAGCUGCCUAUGGCAGACAUCCCAGUUCUGUCGGAUUCAGGGGAACAGCAACAACCCAGCCUGGGGGCAUAGUUUAUGUCACAGAAGAGUUGCUUUUACCAGUGCCCCAGUUUUCGCUCACACCUCUAGAAAGAAAAGACAUGAUGGGAAACCCACCCUCCACUUCCUUAGAUACCCAACUAUUUGCACAAAUUGCCUCUCUCUUGUUUUUGAAACCACUUGAAACUGUAUCUUUGUUCCUAUAAAAUGAUGUAGUCAAUUCAGUUGGCCUUCCGAGUCCCUUGUUAUGUGGCGUGUAUAACCUGAAGGGCAUGUCCUGGACUGUGUGGAAGGCUCCUAAUGAUGACUGAGCACUAGCUGGGCCCUAGUUGCUGAGAAGCUUUCGGGAGAACUCUCCUAAGAGCACUUAAAAAAAAAAAAACCAAAUGAUUAAUUUUGGAUGCUGUCCUA